CGAAGCCACCGGCGCUCUCAUCCUUCUCAGGUGACCGGCGAAACCACACUCACACACUCAAACCCUCUCUCCUCCUUCUCAGGCGAAACCACCACCGGAACUCCUUCAUCCCCAACGCACCAGCCGUCUGCCGGCAACAAAAGGGCUCUUCUUCAUUUCCGUUUCUCUCUCCUCAAGGUCCUAGUGAUGUAACAUCUACAGGAACUAGUGACCAAAGUGGUCUUGAUCGUGAUAAAGAUGGAGCCUAUGUAUGCGAUCCACUAAACUCCGUGCAUAUGGUUACAAACGUGAUGGAAACUCUGGUUAAAAGGGUUUUAAUUGCAGAGUCUGAAACUGCUAUUGAGAAGGAGAAAGUCAACUUUGGUAAAGAAGAAAUUAAGAAGAAGGAAAAUCAACUUGAAAACAUGUCUUUGAAGCUUGAGGAAAUGGAAAGAUUUGCUUUUGGAACUAACUGUAUAUUAAGUGAGCUGCAACAGCGGGUUGAAGACUUGGUUGACGAGACAUCUAGGCAGAGACAGAGAGCUGCGGAAAACGAGCAGGAACUUUCUCGUGUAAAGCGUGAUUUUGAGUCUCUGAAAUCAUAUGUCAGCAGUCUCAUCAGUGUAAAAGAAACACUCAUUUCGUCUGAGAAACAAUUCCAAACUAUUGAAAAGCUCUUUGAAAGAUGGAUUGUUCAUUUCUGAAUUGGCAGACCCGUAGUGACGCAAGAGAAUAACUAGACUUGUUACUAAACAUUUAUUAAGGUUUGCAGCCUAAUGGCAAUGCUCCAAUCUCUUGCACAGAUAAGCCUGUAACACCACAAGAUCAGGCCAACGGUACAAUUAAUGCAGAGUUCUCGACUCCAAGGCGGCUAACAUCAGAAGAGAUACCUUCAAUUGUGAAUGAUUUUAGACUAGCUGCUAGGAAUGCCAUAGAAGCUGGUUUUCACAACUCCAAGGGAGGGGCCCUUCACCAAAGAGGAGUUGGAUGAAGUUCGAGACAAGUGGGCUACUUACUUCAACGAUUGUGAAUUACCCUCAGUGUAAUAAUUAGAGCAGGCUUGUAGUUAUCCGUGACUCUACAUUAUUUUGUUAUUUAUCGAUUUAAUUAAUUACAUUUGAAUUAAUUCGGAAAUAUUAUUGGAAAUUUGAAAUUUAUAUCAUUUUUGAGGAAUGUCAAGAUGAUGUUUGGUGAAACAGUAUUCUAUAAAUUAUAAUGCAGAAUUUUAUAUUGCAAAA